AUGCGCUAUCUUGACAGCUUGGAAUCUGCCUCCGACGAUGAUCUGGUUUUAAUGAUCGAUGGCUACGAUGUGGUAUUCCAACUACCCGCCGAUGUAUUGAUUCAGCGAUACUUCUCUGUAAUCGAAAAAGCAAACGCCAAAAUUGCAGCACGAUUUGGCGAAGACUCGGUUUAUGCUUUCAAUCGGGACAAUGCUCCACGGCAAACUAUUCUAUUCGGUCCCGAGAAGAUCUGCUACCCGGUAGACUGGAACCGACCCGGCUGCUGGGCCAUUCCGGACAUCGACAUGCCUGCCGGCGCAUUUGGACCCGACGACGGACAACUCAGUCACAAUCUACCCAAGUGGCUCAAUUCUGGAACUAUCAUGGGUCCAGUUGGCGAUAUGAGAGAAUUGUUCGCUGCCACUUUGAAACGUAUCAAAGACACCUACGACCCAACUCAUGAAUUCAGCGACUCGGAUCAGAGAUACAUGAGCGAUAUUUGGGGCGAACAAGAAUUUUGGCGAUCAGUGGACCUACAUAACAACUAUUUCCAUGAUGACAUAGAUCCGAAGAAAGUUGCACCAGAAGGCGAGCCCGAUCAGAUCAUCCCGACAAGGGAGGCCGAUCAAAAAACGGAAUUUCACGUCGGCAUUGACUAUACCUCCGGGCUAUUCCAGACCCGUGUCGGUUCUGAUCACGUUCUGGAGCAUAUCGCUUUCGAUAAGAGCACAUCGAAGGGAAUUGGUCUCUGGACCUUGACAUCCGAGAACAAAAUCGAGGCCUCCAAUUUCCAGCCCUUUGAGAUUUAUUUACCUGCCAACGUCGUCUCCUCCCUAACGCGACUCAUGAAGUCAAUUGCUCCUCUUCUCAAGUCCGACCCUCACAAUGCAGUGACGAAAUUGCUAUUGGGCACAAACCUUGUGACCAAGAAUGUCUAUGGUUUGUUCCACUGCAUCGGCGAAAAGACUUAUCUCGAUGACUUGUGGUAUCGACUCUGGUUCCAGGAGCACGCCAAGCCUCUUCUGGAGACUAGAGUCAAAUCGGCGAAAGAAAGCGAUGUUAUUUCCAGCUCCCCGAUUGAUGGAAGGAGGUGGGUUAUUGCUCACAACUAUCCAUCGGAGUCUGGGCCAAGCGAGCAAUUAGCUGGUGCUUGGAUGGACAUGGAUAACGAGUGGAUUGGUUGGGAAGAUCUUUGCGAACCAUUUGAAAAGGACAUAUUUGGUGAUCGACCAGAGAAGCGCUAA